UGCAGGCUCUCCGGUAGGCUACAUUGUUUUCUAAGGUAAAAGAGCUUUUUGAAGUCAUAAGUCUAAUCGUUCAGGUAAAGCAAGUAAGCGACAUAGCCUGUUGACGCUUGAAUAUUUUGCUCCCUCCGCCUUCGCUUGUGCUUAGUAAAUACCCGACCGCAUGGCUAAAGUUAUUGUCGUGGAUCUUGGCAGCGAUCCUAGUUCAGAGUACAGUAAGGCUUGUUUUGAAGCAUUUACAGGAAAGAUAUCAAUGAUUCUUGGUCAGGCUGAUGAAAUGCACGAACCUGUUUACCUCAUUGGUUGUCUGCAGCAGAGCUCAAGUGCUCUAGGCAUAACACCUGAGAAAUUUGUCAGCUUAAGGAAACAGAUUCGUGUCUUACUGGACAGCUCAGUUUCUGCUUUGCUCUACACAAUCAAGCGAGAAUUGGAUAGUCUGGACUUGAGCAAUAUUGUGGUAAUUACGUCUCAUAAUCGGAUGAUUAUCCUGCAAAAAUACCAAGAACUUCUCUUUACACCUGUGUACCUCUUUGAAUAUGUCACCGUGUUCGAAGAUCCGAGCACUUUCGGUAGUGCUAGGCCAAACCUUACCUCUAGAGAGAUCACAGACGUGACAGAAGAAGUGGGUACAUUUCUUCGACAGCUCCCAGCAGUUGGUGAAAUUACGGUCCUUAAAUCCUCCCUGGUGCCUGACUGCUUCUCCCAUGGUUUCAGUACUAGGAUGGGAGGAAUCUCCUACAUCAGCACUCUAAGCUCACUCAACCUCUUCAGCAGCUCCAGGCGGAGAGACCCCAAGGCGGUUGUGAAUGAGAACAUCAGGCGUCUUGGACUCCAGAUGGGCUUUCAGCCUCACCAGUUCCACCUGGUAAAGACAAAUCAUGCCAGUGAUGUGUGGGUGAUCGGAGAAGAAGCACCUGAGAGCUAUGAUGGAAUUGUUACCAAUCAAGUCAACGUUGUCAUAGCAGCACCAGGUGCUGACUGCAUGCCACUACUCUUCACCGACCCUGUAGAAAAAGUUAUUGGAGUGGCUCACGCAGGCUGGAAGGGUACACUAAUGGGGAUUGCUAAGGCAACAGUAAAUGCCAUGGUGUCACGAUUUGGUAGUAAGACGGAAAAUAUUUUAGCUGUGAUUGGUCCAUCUGUUGGUUCCUGCUGCUUCAAGCUUGACCAGGAGUCAGCCAAAGAGUUCCAUUCCAUUCACCCACAUUGUGUCAGGAAAGAUGAGACACCAAAGCCCUUCAUCAAUAUCAGGCUGGCUACAAGAGUUCUGCUGGAGCGAGAGGGGCUCGUCUCUGAGCACAUUCAUGAUGACACUGUUACAGACAUUCCAAGUGUAACACUGUGCACCUCUUGCCACUCAGACAUGUUCUUCUCUCAUGUUCGAGAUGGGACCAACUUUGGCACACAAAUCGGCUUCCUUUGGAUAAAAGAUGGGGGGAAAGUAUAGCAAUGUUUUAAUGUUGUUAUGACAAUGUUUAGGCCUGUUGAUAUGUAAAUGACACUCAGUCACUCAUGAAAGCAUGACAUUUGGUACUCUUGUACAGUCUUGUAUGUCCCUGAAUAUGGAGCCACAAAACCCCUCAUGCCAGCAAUGGUGGCCAUUUUACUUUCGCCCAUAACCGAAUGUGUUUUACAUCAUGGGUGCAAGUUUGGCAGCGAAGCGGUAACAAUAACGAUUAAGUAUAGCCUACGUCCUAGCCAAGACCUCUGUUGAAGUGAAUUGAAAAAAACAAUCACAUGCAACCCCAAAUUAGAUUCUGAUCUGUCUAUAGGCAAAUAAAUGAAGAGUUCAGAUGCAAAACCCUCGAAAUCCGUCUGACCACUUUUCUUUUAAAUGA